AUGCCUCCAAAGGAAAAGCUUGUGGGAGGUGCAACGGCCGCCCACGCUGCGCCGACGUCUUCCUCUCCCGUUGAGAGUCAUCUCCACAGUAGCACGGAAGCUGGGCUUCUUUUCUGGUUGAAGGCGGCAACAGAAGAGCCCGCUUCACCGACCACCGAGGAUGCUCCAGCGACAGAGCCCGUGCCGCCGCAAGACGUCCAGCGUACCCUUUCCGACUCCGUCCCCUCUGCGGCGCAUAAGUCGCCUCCGACAGAGGUCCAUGCACGCCCCAAUGAGACGGCCGUUGCAUCAACGAACGCCCUGCCUUCACCGUCCUCUCGCGCACGACGACGUUUCGUUGUCUACGAUGUAAUGCCCCUCUUCGGUUCCCUCUUAGCCGGUCAGCUCGGCCCCGUCGUUGUGGAUGUCCAACUGCAAGGACAUACGAGGCUCCUGCAACACCCACAGCAGUUUGAGGCCACCCUGAGGGGCUACGAGAAACAAAGCACAGGGCCGCUGACGGAGGCGCUGGGCAACGUGCAGCCCUUCUUCCUCGUGUGCAACAGCGUGGCGGGCAACACGGGGGUCGCCCCAACCGACGCUGCCACCGCCGCUGCAGCUGGACCACCAUCUCCUUCAUCCUCCGCUGCGUUGCCGCCAGCGCCGGUGCUGUACACCAUGGACCCGUCGAACCACUACCCAGUGGUGCCCCUGCUCGCGCAGCUGCUGCACUCCCCCAGCGUGGCGAAGGUUCUCCUGCACAGCCGACUGCUCUAUCGGCUUCUCUUUCUCUUUCUCGGCACCGAUCGCGUCGAUAUUCAGCGGGUGGUCGACCUGACAACCUGGUCGGAGCUGGGCCGACAGCUGCGCCCCUCGCUCGCCGCAAUGCAUCCGAUACCGGUGGACGGCGUGGUGGAACUGGCAGACGUGCAGUCGUCGCUGCCCCAUGAGGUGCGGCAGCUGUUAGAGGAAGAGACAGGUACGAUGACCCAGCAGCGUAGGCCGUUGCGGCGGGGCUCGCCACACGUGGAUGACGACGGCAGCGCUAAUGCGGCGGAUGCAGCAUUGACAGAGGAUGACAGCGAGGACGAGUCGGUCGCCUCUUCGGCUUAUGAGGACCGCAGUGAACGCAACAGCAGCAGCACCACAAGCGGCGACGACAGCGAAGAGGACGGAAACGACGGCAUCCCCGAAGAAGCGCACAGCAACUCAGAUGCGGAAGGAAAGGCACACAACCACAGCGAUAAGGAAGGCGAAGCCAGCGGCGAGGACGCGGUGGCGCUGCUGCACACCAUCGUGCCCAUCCCUCAACAGCCUCUUUUCUCUUCUGAUGCCGCCGUCACGGGUGGCGGUGGUGCAAAGCGGCCACGACAAAAACCACUCAACGGGCACCAUCGUCGUCAAGGCCGGCAGAGGCGUCGCCACCGCCUCGGCGGCUGUUCGACGGACGCAGCCGCGUUGGCGAGUGUGUAUGGUGGGCUAAAGUGUCUAGCGUUGUUUUAUGCGGAGGUACUCAGCGCGUACUUCGACAAUGUGACGGGUGCAGCAGUGCCGUCUGUGCAAGCGAAUGCGACCUCUGCCGCCUCUUCCUCCUCGUCCCCCGCCCCCUCGCUGCCCAGCCCGGCAGUGCGCUGCCGGCUCUCCCCGUCGGAGUGGUGUGUCCAGCGCACCUACGCCGCGUUUAUGUGUGAGGCCAUGACGUACCACGGCGUAUUUGUCAACGAUGCGGUGUUUCAUGGCAUGAACGCGAUGUUGAAUGCACAGCUGCAAGCCAUCGAAGAUCUGGCGGAGGGAGUGUUGGCGGCUUUCCUGGAUCGGACGAGCAGCGGCAGUGCUGAUCGGCGGACCGCGGCAACGACGUGCAUGACCGCUGAGCACCUUCAUCGGUGCAUCGCAGGCGGCCCAGCAGCGACGUUGUUAACGGUGCAUCCAAAGUUGGACGCUUCGCUGCUCCGCGCCCUUGCAGAAGAAUCGGCUGUGCAGCAAGACGCCGAAGUUGCGACGCAGCUGCGGCUGGCGUGUCAGCUCGUCUGCAUCUGGGUCGCCUUUCAAGAGCGCACUGAGGUGAAGCAGCGGAUCACAGAUAUGUUCGGCAAGGUGGCCGACCGUGUGCAGGCUCGCGUGCUGGAGCACUCACAGGAUGCCCCGUCGGGGGCUAACCACCUUCAGACACCGUCGUCGUGGUGUGAGAUGUGCUUCUCGGUGCACCCCACCUGGACCUUGCACAACUCCUCCACCGGGCGCAUUUUCUCGACCCUACCCAACGUGCAGAACCUCAGCAAGCAGCCGCAACUCACCACGUUUCCGGUGCAGGCGCUGCGUGCCACACCGGCCCACGGCAGCGAAACGUCUCCUCCUCCCCCCGGUGCCGCUGGUGUACCCUCGGUCGAGGACGUGCAGCGUUGGGCUCACCUCGCUGCCGUCGACACCCACGCCUCCGCUCUUCUGCUGCCCGAGCAGCCGCACUGGACACUGCGUCACCUCUACCGCGCCCCACCGGGCUGCGUGCUUGUUUCCUUCGACUUCAAUCAACUGGAGCUGCGCGUCUUGGCCCAGCUCAGCGGUGAUACAACUCUGCAGCAGCAUCUUUCUUCGGAUGUGGACGUCCUGACUCUCACGACGGCCAGCCUGCUGCGGCUGCCGACGGUGGAUCGGGUUCAGCCGCACCAGCGUCAGGCGGUGAAGGUGGUUGUGUACGGGCUGCUGUACGGCAUGGGGCCAAAGGCGAUGGAGGAGCGAAUUGGCAAACUCCCGCAAGAGUCGUCUAGCGACGCACGGGGGAAUGCCAGUGGUGGUGGUGACGCUCACACGAAUGGAGAUACCACCGGCAGCGUCAGCCCCCUCACCGCACAGCAGCUCAUUGCUCGCUUUCAUCAGGUGUACCCGCGCAUUGAGAGCUACCUGCGCGAGACGCGUCAAGACGGCCUGCACCUCUUCUCUGUUGACACCCUCUCUGGUCGUAAGUCGCUCACGUCCGCGACAGACGCGAAUCGACGGAAGCAGCGGGCCGUGGCGCAGGCGAUCCAGGGCGGUGCAGCGGACAUCGUGCUGUGCGCCAUGCGUGCGGUGCAUCAACAGCGGCACUCUCUUCUACCCUACCUUCCCGCGGCGCCGUUUGCCUUGGUGAUGACGAUUCACGAUGAGCUGAUCUAUGCGGUGCCUCGUGUGGCGGUAGACGAAGUGGCACCCACGGUGAAGCGCAUUCUGGAAGAUCAGGCGCGUGUGCUGCGGCUGGCGGUCCCGCUGCCGGUUUCCGUGCGUGUAGGCACGAACUUUGGCGCCUUGGAGGGGUAUCACAUGGACUAG